AUGGCAGUAGGACCUGAUUUGUUUUGCGAUGCCGCCUUAAGCCAGCAAGGACACCAAAUGGCAGAUGUGCAGGAGCUAAAAUCCGAGCUUUCGUUCCAGAUUGAAAAGCUGAAAAACCGCAAAUGUCCACACUGUCAGGAUAUGAUCACGGCGAGCUGCUUCUUUGCUAGUCAUUUUGAUUGGUGUCUCAACCAUCAGGAUCUAGCUGACCACCGACAUGACAAUAAAUGUUUUCAUAGAGAUGCCAAUGGUACCAACUGCAGCAUUGAGUAUGGGGGUAAGUGCUCCUUGGAUGGAAGACUAAAGACACUUUCUGAUGUUUCAGAUUAUUUCUACUAA